GAAUUUCCGUUUCCGUUUUCGAUUUAAUUGUUGUUCAUAUCAUUUUCAAAGUGUAAACACUUGAAGUCGACAACAUAUACAUCUCAUCUAAUAGGGAUAUAUUUAGGAAUUCCACUCCUACAAAGUAUUUGACAAUCAUUAAGUUAUUACAAUAAUUUGAACCGUUAAAAAAUAUGGCUGAGGCUGUUGAACGUAAGUCAUUACUGAGUCAAUACGAAGUAGGAAAAAAGUUGGGAAUCGGAUCAACAGGAACAGUUUAUAAAGCCGUAAAUAAAGUCUCGGGUGAAAAAUGUGCCAUGAAAAUUAUUGAUAAAAAUUAUAUAGAGAAAACGGGAGGCAAACGAGAUUUACUAAGAAUCUAUAGGGAAAUUGAGAUUAUGUCAGCGCUAAAACACGAAAACAUAUUACAAGUGAUUGAAGGUAGUAAUUCUCUUUUGGUUUUGUUCAAUAAUUCGUUAUGGAAAUUCUCUUUUCAGUGUUUGAAUCUGACAAUCAUAUUGUUAUUAUACUCGAGUUGGCUGCUAGAGGUGAGAUCUACGAUUUAAUAGAAGAGAAAGGUCGUUUAGAAGAGGACGACGCUCGUUAUUUCUUCAAACAGCUCCUCUCUUCGCUAGCCUACUUACAUUCCGAGGGCAUUGUACACAGGGAUUUAAAGCUUGAGAAUUUACUUUUAGAUGAAAAUCAUCAAUUAAAAAUUUGCGAUUUUGGCCUAGCUAAUAGUUUUGGCGAAGAAAAAUUAACAACCUUCUGCGGAAGUGCAUUGUAUUCUUCUCCAGAAAUAGUUAAUGGUAUUCCAUACGAAGGACCUGAGGUUGACAUGUGGAGUUUGGGGGUAAUAUUGUAUACUUUCGUUUAUGGGAACAUGCCUUUUUCGGGUGAUAAAUUCGACGAGAUUAAAAAAAAUAUUACUUUGGGGCAAUUUUCCGAACCUGAAUUUUACUCUGGUGCUCAUAAUCUGAUUACUAGACUUCUCAAUCCUCGUGCUUCUAAGAGGUUGACCCUUUUACAAGCCUGCAGCCAUAGCUGGAUAAACAAUGAUGCCUUUUACGAAAAUGUGCUUAAAUUAUUUCAAGACUGCAAAAAUGAAUCGACUACUACCGCUUCUGGAUGUCUUUCGCCAGAUUUGGAUGACUUUUUAGAAUUGGAACGUCGAGUUGAAGAAGAGAGCAGAGCAGAUGAUAAAUUAAAUUUGAGCGAAUUGAAAAAGUCAGCCGAUGAAGUUUCUCAGGAAAUAGAGGAUAAGAAAGACGAAAGCUUAGAAUUAGAGGACGAAGCUGGAGAUGAGUAUACGUAUGACGAUAUGAUGAAAGAGCUUUUAAGUAUUGAUGAAAACGAAUCCGAAAAAAAACCCGAACCUGAACCUGAGUUACAAAACGAAAUCGAAAAACCGUUAUCGAAGAAUUCUGCAACUCUAACCGAAUCUCAAUGUGAAAAUGAAUUAAGAAAUCUAUUGAAAACUCUAACGAAAUCCAAAGAUGAAGCAGACGAUUUUGAAUCUAAAUUUAAUAGUGUUUACGAAAAUGAAACUGACUUCAUAUUAAGAUUAUGCGAUUCAUCAAGGACUAGUGAAAGCUAAAAAAAAAUAAGCUAUUAACGAAUAAGACUUAUCCAUAGAUAAAUUGCUCACGCUUUUCAGACUGCUUUAUAGAGUAUUCAGGCGACUAAGCAUUCGAAGCUUUCAUUUUCAGUCGUUUCUCCCUAUUUUUUAUUUUUUACUCUAAAUGAAAAUAUAAUUUUUGGCUCUUUAUUUAUUGGAAACUAAUGAACAAAUAAAAAUCAUAUCUAUAUUUAAAUUAGGUUCUAAAUAAAUAAACUUCGGCAAUAAAAGUCUUAAUUUAAAAA